AUGUCCUGGGCAGGGUUCAAGAAGAAUGUUAACCGUGCUACUACCCAAGUCAUGAUGAAGACGGGUCAUGUGGAGAGGACAAACGACCGUGACUAUGAAAUUGAAGAACGGCGAUACCGGACCAUGGAGGCCGCUGCCAACCGUCUACAAAAGGAAGCUAAAGGCUAUCUAGAUUCAUUACGAGCAAUGACUGCCUCCCAGAUGCGUAUUGCGGAGACAAUCGAUGCCUUCUACGGUGAUGCUGGAACGCGCGAUGGUGUGAGCAGGAGCUACAAACAAGCUGUGGAAGAUCUUGAUGCCGAGACGAUAAAAGCCUUGGAUGGGCCAUACAGAACUACCGUUCUUGAACCGAUCUCGCGCUUUUGCGCUUACUUCCCUGACAUCAAUGAGUGCAUCAAGAAACGCAAUCACAAGCUACUCGACUACGAUUCUAUGCGAGCCAAGGUGAAGAAGUUGGUCGAAAAGCCAGACAAGGACGCUACCAAGCUUCCCAGGGCGGAGCGCGAAACGGAAAUUGCUAAGCAAGCAUAUGAACAGUUGAAUGAACAACUUUUCACCGAACUCCCGCAACUUAUCGACCUGCGUGUACCUUAUCUGGAUCCUAGCUUUGAAGCUUUGGUCAAGAUCCAACUGCGUUUUUGUGCAGAGGCAUACUCUCGCAUGGCACAAGUGCAACAAUACCUUGACGCGGAAACAAGAGACCAGUAUGCUCGGGGCGACUUGGAUAACAGGGUAGAAGAAGUGCUGCAGGAGAUUCGUGAUUUGAGUAUAGCGGGGACUGUUUGA